AUGAAUGAAGUCAAUUUAAAUCGGUUAAAUACUAAUGGUACUGUAACAUCAACUGAUUCAGAUGAAGAACCUUCAUCGUCAGGUUUAUUUGUUUUUCAACAAACUGUAAACGAUAGUCAACAAGAAAAAACACUUCAUUAUCAACUAAAAGCACCAUUAUGUAUAUCACAACGAUAUGAAGAAGAAUUUUUUAAUCAUUUUCAUAUGAAUUAUUUUGGUGAACUUGUACGUGAAGGUUUAUUUUUAGCUUCUGUUCGAUCUAUUCGAAUAAAACCAUAUGAAAUACGUAGACAAUUAUCAUCUUUUUAUCUAGUGACAAAUGAUGAUGAAAAUGAAUAUUUAGUUCAAGCCAUUAUUCGACUUCAAUUCGAUCCACCUAGAAAAAAAUUUCAGAAAAAUUUCUUUUAA